AUGCCCCCUUCUACUACUAAGCAGGAGACCUCUGCUCCUACGCAGUGCGUAGGGCCAGACUACAAGCCGGACCGGCACAAGCCCACGGCCACGGUCUCGACAGACGUCGAUUUCGAGACUGUCACCGUCCUGCCUCAGACCCCUCAGCUCAUUGCUCUGCUCACCAAGAUUCGCGAUGUGCAAACGGAGAGGGGUGAUUUCAUAUUCUACUCGAACCGUAUCAUCAGGCUGCUCGUCGAAGAAGGGCUGAACCACCUCCCCACGGUCGAGCACACCGUCACCACUCCCGUGGGCCGGCCCUAUGCCGGCCUCAUGUUCCAGGGCAAGAUCUGCGGCGUGUCCAUCAUGAGAGCUGGCGAGGCCAUGGAGCAGGGCCUGCGGGACUGCUGUCGCUCCGUCCGGAUCGGCAAGAUCCUGAUCCAGAGAGACGAGGAGUCUGCGCAGCCGAAGCUCUUCUACGACAAGCUCCCCGAGGACAUUGCUGAGCGCUGGGUGCUGCUCCUGGAUCCCAUGUUUGCCACUGGCGGUUCGGCCAUCAUGGCCGUCGAGGUGCUCAAGUCGCGCGGGGUGCCAGAGGAGCGCAUCCUGUUUUUGAACCUCAUCGCCAGCCCCCAGGGAAUCAAGAACUUCGCGACAAAGUUCCCCAGGCUUCGUGUGGUGACGGCAUUUGUCGACCAGGGCCUGGACGAGAAGAACUACAUCAUUCCUGGGCUUGGAGACUUUGGAGACAGAUAUUACACGAUCUAG